AUUUUAACAACAAUCGACGGUUUGAAGUUUAAUAUUUUUUAAUGGCUCCUACCAUCCAAUCAUCUGCCACAGAUCUCAAUGAUAGGAAACGAGAUAUUAGAUCCUUGAAUGAAAAAAAAUCGGAUUUAUUGAUAAAUAUCAGGUAUACAAACACACUACCUGACGUUCCCUUUGAACCAAAACUUCUGAAAUAUCCAUUUGACUCAAAAAGGUAUAUAAACUAUACUCCAACUGCUUUGGAAAAAAAUUAUAAAUUUGACAUAAUCACAGACCAUGAUUUGGGUGUUCAUAUUGAUUUGAUAGAUCCUGAUACCUACAAAAUAGAUGAAAAUGCCCAGCUUGACAUUCGGGACGAGUCCCUCUUGCUCGAGGACGACCUCAACGCUUCCAACGCGCUUUCCAGCAUUUCCAAUCCCUCCAAUUCGCACAAUGCCACCAGCACCGGAAAUAACGCCGACUUGGCCAGGGCGGCGAGGCACGCCAAGGCGGUACCGUGGCUCAGGAGAACCGAAUACAUUUCCACGGAAUACAACCGAUUCACCCCCAGCUCCGACAAGGCCGAGAGCAAGAUCGGUUACCGUAUCAAUAAACUCAUGAAAGACGACGACGAAGACCUGUACAAGGACAGGGAUUCUCAAAUCAAGGCCAUCGACGCCACCUUUCAAUCCGUCAAAAAGAAGGCAACAAAACAUUAUAGCAAACCCAAUGUUCACGCUAUAGAAGAACUCGCCUUAUUUCCCGAUUUUUCUUUGUGGAAGCAUCCUUGCGCCCAGGUCUUGUUCGAUUCCGAUCCGUACACGUCAUCGAUUAACCAAAUCGGUUCCGCCAUAACUCGUGGCGCGAAUAUCAACGUCCCGCCGUCACACACUCACAAGGAGAAAAUCAUGUCUCAAGCCAUGAUAAGGGGUAUGAUGGACGAAAGUGGUAAUCAAUUUGUCGCCUAUUUCUUGCCGACCGACAAAACGUUGCAAAAGUUUGACAAUGAUCUCGAAGAAAAUGUCGAUUUUACUCCUGAAGAAGUCUAUUAUUACCAAAUGGCCCGAGAAUACAAUUGGAAUGUCAAGAACAAAUCGUCUAAGGGUUACGAGGAAAAUUACUUUUUAGUGUUUCGACCCACCGAGCCGAAUAGCUUUGACGAACAUGGCGAUAGUAUGGAACGUAAAACCGUCGCUUAUUAUAACGAAUUAGAAACUAGGGUGAGAUUAAGUAAAAGAAGGCUGGUACAAGGUCAACAAAGUCAAGUUAACAGAACCAAACUAGCCGUUAGGUAUAGGCCCUUUAACGAAACAGAAAUCGCGUCCCAGAGUAAUCGAUUUUCGCAAAUUAUACCGCAUGAAGGGGGCGAAUCAAAGGCGGAGGGCGAUUCCGAUCAAAAAUCGGAUUCGGAACCGGAAAUACAAAACGAGAAACAAGUACAAGAUCAAACUGACGAGGAAGGACAACAGGAACAAACUGAAGAUAAUUCGAUAUCACCACCAGCUCAAUCUUCUGACGAGAGUGCCGGGAGCCCAAAAAGGAUCAUUAGAAAUACGAAUGGGAAUAAGAACGAGAAUAACGAGGAAAAUGAAAUUUUCGGAAGCUCCGAUGAUAGUUAUGAAGAUGGAGAUUGAAAUUGUGAAAAUUGAUUUGGGACGUUUUUGUUAAAAUAUUUUAAUAUCAUCUGUUUUAUUUAUAUUUAAAAAAAAUGUAUAUACCAUGCCCGUUUUAUAUAUGUAAA